CUGUGCAGCUCUUCCUCCUCCUCCCUCCUGCAGCUCUUCUGAUGUCGACGACGUGCAGAAGGAAGUCGGACGCUUUUUCUCAUCAGUCUUGACGCUGAAAGAACCAUGAAUGACUCCGGAGGCCUGGGGGCGACGUUGCCCCUCGCUACCAACCACAGUAACCAGACUUCCUGCCCCGACAUCAACACAUCAGUCAGCUACGUCUUCAUGGUCGUCUACAGCCUGUUGUUCCUGGUCGGUUUGCUGCUCAACGGCUUCACCCUGAAGGUUUAUUUCUGCAGGUCUCAGCUGACUCCUCAGACGUCCAGCAGCGUCACCAUCUACCUGAAGAACCUGGCGGCCGCCGACUUCCUCAUCAGCCUCUGUCUCCCCGUCAGGAUCCUCAACUACGGCAGCAGCUCCGUCCCCGUCCGUCUCGUCUACUGCAACUUCGGAGCCUCCGUCUUCUACCUCAACAUGUACGCCAGCAUCCUGUUCAUGGGAUACAUCGCAGCCAACAGGUAUCUGAAGAUCGUCCAUCCUCUGGGAACCCACGUCCUCCAGAAGGUGCGCACCGCUUACAUCGUCUCCAUAGUAACCUGGGCUUUCCUCCUGGCCAUGAUGUGCACCUACGUCCUGGUGUCCCUGCUCACCCAGGAGCGCCGGGACUCCAUCCCCGCCCAGAAGGGCUGCGACGCCCUGCACAGUCAACAGCUGAGCGUCCUCUACAAAGUCAUCCACACCUGCUCCGCCGCCAUCUUCCUGCUCGUCCUCGUCUCGCUGGUCGUCUUCUACCACGGCACCUCCCGCCGCCUGUCGCAGGCCCAGCAGAGGCAGCCGGCGUCCUCCGGCUCCAAGAAGCUGGAAAAGUCCCGGAGGAACAUGCUGGUGCUGGUCAGCGUCUUCUGCAUCUGCUUCGUCCCCUACCACCUGGUCCGCAUCCCCUACGCCUUCAGGAAGGAGUGGGAGUGCUCCUGGACCCGGGUCUUCUUCUACCUGAAGGAGCUGACCGUCCUGCUCUCCGUCCUCAACGUCUGCCUGGACCCGCUCAUCUACUUCAUCUUCUGUAAGGCCUUCAGGUCCCAGCUGAGCCUGAGGAGGGCGGCCAGCACCACCCACCUCCCGACGGGCGCCGUCAGCGUGGACAGGAGGAACAGCGAGAGGAGGCUGAGCUCCGUCAAACUCAACAGGAAACUGUCACUCAGCUCCGCGACCAAACCGACCAACAUCCUGUAGCUUCACGUCACGUCUGCUGGUUUAAAGAGAGGAACAUCCUCAGCUUUAAUGUGUUUAUAUACGGUUUCAGCAGCGGAGGAUCCUGGACUUUCCUCCUACGUCUUCAAUGUCCUUCAGCUUCAUUCCAAACUCGUCUUAAUGCGAUCGCUAUAGAAACCAUCAGGACGCAGGAGUCUCCCACAAAGAGAUGAACUUCAUCAGUAAAGAAAGAAACUCAGAACAGCAGCAGCCGCCAGAGCCACAUGCAUCAAAUCCAGCACAAGCAUCAGUGUCGACACGAUGAAAUGAACUGUAAUGAAAUUAAUUUCACUCAACAGAACUGAAGAAACGUUUUGAACCAGAGCUUCUGCUUCCUCCCACUUCUUCGAUCUUUCUUCCAGUUUUUCCUGAAAAGUCCGUCUAGAAAAUGUCUUCAAAAUCAUCAACCAAAUCCAUUUCUUCUCCUCCUCAGAGCUAGCUGCAGUUAGCUAGCUGGCUAGCUCUGGUUAGCCUAGCCUAGCGACUCUCUGAGGCCUCCAGGUGGAUUUAUUUGACCCCAGCGAGGAAUCCAGGCUGAAAGGAAACCAGAGGAAACGCUGGGGAAGAACCUGAACAGAACUUUAUCUGAUGUGAAACCAUGGAAAGGUCUGUUAUUCAGGUAUGUUUGAGACCAGCAGCACCACUGGUUUUUACUAACAGCUAAUCAUACGCACACACACACAAAAAUAUCAACAUGCUGCUUAAAUGAUGUUUUAUCUUCUUCUCUGAGAACUUUCUAACAUGAGUUAGCAGCGAUGCUAUUAGGCUAACGAUAUAACACAUGUCUAUAUAUUUAUACAGCGCUUCUCUGCUUUAUCUGCAUAAACAUGAACAAGAAGAAACACACAAAAAAAACAUAAAAUAUGAGAGGAGCUCCUCCAGGAUCAAACCAGAUCAAACCAGAUCAAACCAGAGUCCAGUUCAGAGUCUGAUCCAGUUUAAUGUUGAUGCUUUGAAAGCUUUGAUUUCCUUUGUACAUUUCUGCAUGUGAUUAAUGAUGGUAACGUGUGUCUGUGUGAUACGUCAUAAAUAUUCACGUACCAACGUAAAAAUGCACUGAAAACAGUAGAAGAAGAAAUGAAACUAGUGAAGAAACGGUUUGAUGUGAAUGAGUUGAAUCUUUGAAUAAACCGAGUUGAUGUGAGAAACUAAAGUCUUGAGUUUAAUAACAGAAAUAAAAUAGAACUGUUACAUGUUUAGUCACGUUAAAUAUAAACCUACUGUCUGUAAAUAUAGAGAAAUGUAUGUGAGAGUUAUUUCACAGAAGAAACAGUUAAUUAAAAAACCACAUUAUAGACGAACCAUCUGAUCAACUAGUUGUUGCUUUAAGGACAAAAAAUGAAUGAAUUAGUUGAAUUUAAAGUGUAUUAUUCUAGAGCUAAUAUAAAAAUAUGUUGUGUGUGCGUAUAUGUAUGUAAAUACAUGUGUGUGUGUGGAGGUUCAUAUUUAUGUAUUUAUGUAUAUAUGAGUUUAUGUGUGUAUAUAUAUAUGAAGCUACAUCUGAGAUAGUUUGGUAUUAAUUUCUUUCCUACUUCUGUUUAAACCAUAGAAAAAUAAUAAUGAGUUGUGUUAAAUGUGUGUAAAAAGUGUCUGUAUAUGAAAAGAAGUGAUUCUUAUUAUUAUGUUUUAUUAUCACUGUUAAAGUAACUUUAAGAAUAAAACCGAAUAAUAAA